AUGCCUUCAACCACCAGACCCAAGCUGCCGCAGCUGGCCACGCCCGUCACCGGCACCUUUCCCUCAGAAGCCGUAUUCUCCGUCACCACGCCCAUGUCUGCCAGGCCCAUGUCCUGCGUAGACCUCCCCACCAAGACGCCUAUCAGUCCGCCCACAGCGUACAUGGAUUUCCUCAAGUCCAUGUCUGGCACCUCACCCGGUGCUCAGAGAGAUACUUCUGAGGAGGAGACGGCCACAACCGAGUCUUUGCCCUCUACCGCCACGAGCGAGGCGACCGAUUGCUCGUGCAAGUGCGAACACCAACACAAGGUUCCCGCCAGCGCGCCAGCUAUCCCUCCCAGCCCUUUCACACGGCUGCCCAUGUCCGCACCACCAAACGGCGAUGCAUCCUUCCCCAGCCUGAAAAUACCGCCCUCACCAGCCUUUUCCCACGUUGACUCUCCCAUGAGCGCUACCCCCAUGACGGCGAGGUCACCGUUCAGCGCACGCUCCGUCCACUCUGUCUUUGACUGGGACGCCGCUCUCAAGGCGAGAUUCGCCGAGAAGAGGAAGCCUACGCGGACGAGCGUCAGGCACAUUCGCGAAGUCGUCACAAGGACAGUCACCUACAACCCUACUCCCAAGAUGAACCCUGCGCCCAAAGGCAAGAGGCGCAAGGUCGAACACACACCAGCGUAA